AAACAAAAUCUGUAGAUAAGAAUUAAACCGCAAUAUUCAAAGCAUGGACACAUCUAAACUAGACUUCAUAAACAGAGAUCCUAAUGAAAUUAAUAGACACAUUAAGGUGGCAUUUGAGGAUAUACUUGCCGAGCCUGACGGUAUACGAAGUAUAGAUGGCGUCUGGUGGUGUACGAAUAUCUGCUUCCUGUUCUGGAGAAGCUGUCUCUACAAGAUGCUGACCUUGACCUGUGGCCUCUGUAUUGCAUCAUACUGGGGGUCUGAGUUUGCCUUUGUGGCAUUCUGGCACAUUUGGUUCCAGACACCGAUCUUACGAACCUUGGAAAUUAACUGCGUGUCUUGUCAGAAGAUUUACGCCAUGUGUGUAAAUUGCUGGCUUAUUCCUGUUUGCGAAGCUUGUGGGAACUUAUUUAUACAUUUUAAACCAUAGAACAUUUUUCAAUCAAGCUUCUUUUCAAAAAAUCGUUAAAUUCUUUAUGUAUCAUAAGCUGAAAAAAAUAUCAAAAAAAAAAAACAAUUAUGUGGGUGAAAAUUAAUUUACUUUUAUGGAUACCAAUACUAUACUAAUGUCUUAUACUUUUGUAUAGUGACGCUUUAACUUAUU